AUGAAUCGCUCUAUAGAACAGGCGCUCUUAUCACUCUUACCAACCCACAACACGACUCUCCCACAACCACUCGUCGACCUCGCCAGCUCACUCCUCGCCCAAUCCCGCCAUCGCGCAAGCACGCUCAAAGCCGAAGAGGAGAUUGCACGCACUUAUGCCUGCGCCCACCUGGCAUGUGACAGACUCAAAAUAACCCUGAAUCUCCCCCCUAUCGAUCCCCGCCCUCCCAUUCCACCGCGCAUCUACAAACGCCUCUACUCCCACCUCUCCAACAUCCUCCCCUCCACCUCUUCGACCCCUGGCCGCGGCGGUGGAACCCCCAGAAAAGCAGAACAAUCGGCCGCCGCCACUCCGCGAAGCCAACGGACAAUCAAAACCCCCACCUCUCGACUUCGCGACCAGCAAAAUCGCGCUGAUGACCUCACUGCUUCCCCCUCAGCAGGACGUAGCGCGAGGAAUAAUCGAUCAGCUGCUACUGGCAGGACGACGACGCCCGGCACUGCUACUGGGCCAGGAAAAGAAAAACGCCUUCAGCAAUUCCGCGGCACACUCUUUCCCCGCAAGGAUGGGACUUCCGGAGAAGGAGGAGGAUUACCAGGAUGGAUGAAACCCACCCUCCGCUUUCUGCUCAAAGAACUCGGUCCGUCACAUAUCGGGCCCGUGGUCAUGUCAGGCCUUGAGUCCAUCGUUGCCCCGCGUGGUCAGCGGACCGAGGACGAGUGGGUUAAUGCGAACUUGGUAUCACUAUUGGGCGCGCUAUACCUGUUAGUCUGGCGCGGAGUUACUUGGCCUGGAUCGGAUGUUGACGAGGGCGAAUACGUGGCGAUGAGAAAAAAGGUCGCGGCGGCGCUGAAGAAGGCGAGGGAGAAUGUAAAGGUGGCGGUCAAGCUUGGAAAUGGGAGGGAGGAGGAAGAGGAACAGGAUGAGGAGAAGGUGUGGGAGGGUUGGGUGGAUGAUGGCGUGAGGGUGAAGGAUCUGAAUGCGGCUACAUUGCACCUUGGAAGGGAGGGGUGGUUGGAGAUGGAUUGGGCUGCCGGUGUGGAGGAUUUGGCGAGGACGGUGUUGGAAAAGGAAGCUUAUGAUGAUGCAGCGGAGGAUGGACGGGGUGCAAAUAAGGUCGAACUAUUCCGGGUUGGGCAGGGGGAUAGCAUGUUCCAGGAUCGGUAUGAUUACUUGGGCGAACGCAAGCAGAAGGAGUAUGCGAUUUGGAAGCAGGGAAUUCUGAGGAAGAUCAAGGCGCUGGAGAAUCCUUCUGCUAGCAUCACCGCAACGCCUCGGAAGAGGAAAGUGCCGGAGGCCAAUAUGGAUAUUGACGAGGAUGAGUGA